AUGGCACCAAAAUCAAGAGAAAGAGUCCACAGCGAUGUCGAAUCGAGCGGCGACGAGGGUGCUAUCAAGAAUCUGGAUUACAAACCACCUAAAGACUUCUCGUUGUACAAGGCCAAGAAACACACGACAUCGGUCUUUGACGUUGACGAGACCGCCAAGCACGAGCUCUGGCUGAUCCGCGUACCGGAGGGCAUUUCCAAUGAGGAUCUCAGCACUAUGUCCCUCACUCUACCUCCAGAAUCAACGCCAUCAUCGUCAGCCUCAAAGGAGACCUUGACAUUGGGAUCUUUGAAAAAGAAGGAGGCCUUCUCCAACUCCUCUUCUGCCACUACGACAAAAUACCAGCUGCAGACCAUUUCGCCCGAGUCAGGAUUCGCCGGGGAGAUGCUUGCCCUCCACGCACUUGUCCCAGACUCAUCGAAGGGUGGUCGCCUUGUUCAGGCACCUCUAGGUGUUCGUCGUCAUCUCGCAUUGCUCGCCCAGCCCUCGAUCCCGUCAGGAGCGCCGUUGGCAGAGGAGAUUCUGUCUAGGCCCAUCCCCAAACGAGAGCAGCCCGAUGGACUGAAAAUGCGGUUCCAGUUCUCAGGCUCGGAAACACAGGUACCAGGCACCAAGCUGUCAGGGUCCGGCAAGGAGUUUGCAGCGCGUUGGGCCAAGACUUUAGAGAGGAGACGGCGGGAGCAGGAAGAAGAGUUGUUGAGGGUACAGCAGGCAGAGGAAGGCAUUGAGACAGAAGCAGAAGUAGAAUCUGAGCAAGCUGCAGAGGCUGGCGAGUCUGAGAUUGAAACCGAGGAGACUACUGCUAUUGAUAAGGCAGAAGAAGAGGCAGAUGAGGAGGAGCAAGAGGAAGUUAAAGCUGAAGCAGUGCCAGGUAAGAAGCGCAAGGGCGAUCACAUGGACAUGGAUAGCGCAGAGGAGAGGAAGAUCAAGAAGGAGAGGAAGGACAGGAAGGAUAAAAAGGAGAAGAAAGAGAAGAAGGAAAAGAAGGCGAAGAGGGAGACUGAGUAG